CUUUCGAGAUGAUGUUGACCGCUUCCUCAUUCUUCAAUGCCUUCAAGGUGAAGAGUGAUCGGAAGCGGUUAUGAAGCGGGACGUUGCCAGAUGUGUUUAAAAGUGUAGCUUCAAGGUCAGAAAGCUUUUCAGGCGAUACUUCUACAGGAUCAGACAUGUUUGAAGGGGGCAAGAGAGGGAAACUUGGAAGGGGGAAACGAAGAGAGGACGAGACGGGGACGAGAGCCUGAAAGAAAGUAGAUAAGAUAAAGAUGAUCGGGGAGGAAAUUUUGAGCGAUUAGAUUAGAUCCCGCCUUCUACUCAUGGACUCUGCAUUUAUUUCGUUCUCACCAUUUACCUCGAACUUGCUUCUAACUCGUGCUUUCCUGGUUUGAAUCGCUGUAAUUUUCACGAAUAUACCCCACCGCAUAGAAGAAGGAUUGUAUAGCAGCUAUGCCGAAAUCAAGGCGUGCCAAGUUGGUUUCAUUGACCAAGGUCUCCAAGAAGACCAAAGAACAAAAGGGUGCAUUUAUUAAUGAAGUGCAAGAAAAUGCAGAUAAAUGGCAAUACUGUUGGCUUUUUGAAGUUGGCAACAUGCGCAAUUCGCACCUCAAAACUGUACGGAAUCUUUGGAAGGAUUCUGCACGGAUAUUUUUUGGUCGCGGAGCAGUGAUGGCGAAGGCACUGGGAGCGACACCAGAGGAGGAACAUAAGCCAGGUCUCCACAAAAUUGCACAGCAACUAAAAGGCCAAGUCGGCUUGUUCUUCACAAACUCAUCUCCAGACGAAGUAACCGAAUGGUUCGCCGACUUCCACCCACCAGACUUCGCCCGAUCAGGGAACAAAGCAUCGCGAACGUUCAUCAUUCCCGCCGGACCCAUCAUGCAACAACAUUCCGACCCACCAGAACCUUUCCCUCACAAUGAAGAACCGCAAUUACGAAAACUCGGUCUGCAUACGACCAUGGUACGAGGUGUACCGACGUUAGAGGCGCCACAUACUGUGUGCAAGGAGGGAAAGACCCUGACACCGGAACAGGCGCAGCUGUUGAAGUUGAUUGGUGUGAAGAUGAUCUCGUUUAAAGUGGGUCUGAGGGCAUAUUGGACCGCGGAGACCGGGGUUGUUACUCAGAUAGAGGUAGAGCAAGUAGUGGAGGAAAAGGAGGGUGGAGAGGAUGAGGACGCAGCGAUGACGAAUUGAGAAUUAUUCGGUGAUACACAAACCGCGGUAUGGACUGUUUACACUCCUCGACGAAUAACAUUCAAAUAUCGUACAACUUGGUGAAAUAAAUCCCUUAUGACGGAUGUACAUGCAUACCGCUCACAGAUUCAAGCUGUCAGAUUGGGACUAAGCAUUCGCCCAGAAUGAAGGUACGCUCUGUCCCUAGCCUUCACAACGUCUUCAUCUGUAGCAAGCCAGUUCCUCUCCGUGGCAAGCGUGUCUCCAUCUACUUUGCUCUUCUUCUUUCUGACCCAGCGAUAUAUUGCAAUGGAUGUCAUAAGAGAUAGCGAUGAGACGAAUGCCCCGAUGGUGAGGAAAACUCCGCUCUGGUUUGCCAGCAGUCUGCAAGCACCAAUAAAGAAGCUAUAGAUGGAAUUGACGUAUGACGUUGAGCCCUGAGGUGUUCCUUCGGCCCUUGACGGAAGCUGGAAAAUGACCGAGCAGAUAAACUGACAUGACCUCGUUCGCACGAGCAGUAUGUGGGAAGAAUGAGAACUAAGAAAACAAAUACCAUUAGCCUUAUGGGCAUCUCGAACGAUCUGGGCGACUCACUGCGAAGCCCUCUUCUUCAACAAAGUAUGCAUCGUCUCCCAUCGCCCCAGCAAUCGCCUUCGCUUGGUCAAUCCCACUCAACGGGUUUAACUGUCGAAUAUGUCAGAGGAAAUGCCGACGCAGGACGUCAUACAGACAUACCGUAUUGCCUACCACCAAAACCCGAUUCGCAGGCUUUCGGUUCCAAGGUCCAGUAUACCUCUCUACAGCCCGUUCGGGCCACAAAUGACAGAGAUACCUAGCAGCAGGGAAUGAUUGUCCAACUUAGGAGAAAUCAGUCAGUUAGUUAGCGUCUUGUGGAAGAUUAGAAGACGUACUCAAAGGAGCAUUCAUCAUGAAGUCAGUGAUCCACCCGGCAAUCAUGAGAUGUUCACGGUCUCCUUCUGGGUACUCUGUGUAGUUGUAGGCGUAAUCUCCACAGAACGAUGCC